AGAGUGUCUCUAUCCUCCCAGCCCAUUCCCUGUAUGAAUGAGAGUGUCAGCUCCCAGCCCCCUGUUCUCUGUCGAUCAGUCUAUUUGGUCAUUGAAUCAGGUGGGACUCUCCUCAUUCGCUCCCAUUCAGUGGUGGAGGCUGAGACUGGAGACCCCCGGGGUGCAACCCCUCCCCUCACACAGCUCUACCUGAACUAGAGGGGUCGGGAGCAGAUGGAGGAAUUAGCAGCUCUUUAUCAGCCCUGAGCCCCUUAGCCCAGUCAGCGCAUUCUCUGGGCAGUAACAGCAGCAGGUUCCAUCAAGGACAAUGUCCCCCCGUGCCUGCUCCUGCUCCUGUUGCUGCUGCUACUGACAGUCAGUCUAUUCCCACUGCCACACGACACCCAUUUACUCAUUGUCUCAGGGAGAGACAUGGCAGAAUGCGACUCCUGCUCUGCUUCAUGACUGGCCAUUCCCUGUGCCAACUUGCUCCAACUCUGCUACAGGUGUAAAUGGUGUCUAGAAAGUCAUUAAGGAGGUGUAAGUCUGAUCUGCAAACAUGAAUAACUCAAGCCUAAUCAACGUUUCCUCAACAAAUGAGACCAUGAUGGGAAGCCCUUACAAAACUGUAGAAGUGGUCUUCAUUGUGAUUGUAGCUGGUUCCCUCAGCUUGGUCACCGUCAUCGGAAACAUCUUGGUCAUGGUCUCCAUAAAAGUCAACCGACACCUACAGACUGUCAACAACUAUUUUUUGUUCAGUUUAGCAUGCGCUGACUUGAUCAUCGGUGUCUUCUCCAUGAACCUCUACACUCUCUACACUGUGAUUGGGUACUGGCCAAUAGGACCUGUGGUGUGCGACCUUUGGUUGGCCUUGGAUUAUGUCGUCAGCAAUGCUUCGGUUAUGAACCUUCUCAUUAUCAGCUUUGAUAGGUAUUUCUGUGUCACCAAACCCCUAACCUAUCCAGUGAGGCGAACCACCAAGAUGGCAGGUAUGAUGAUCGCUGCCGCUUGGGUUCUCUCUUUCAUUCUGUGGGCACCUGCUAUACUUUUCUGGCAGUUCAUUGUUGGUGGGAGAACUGUUCCAGAAGGUGAGUGCUACAUUCAGUUCUUCUCGAAUGCUGCAGUCACAUUCGGCACAGCUAUUGCUGCCUUCUACCUACCUGUCAUUAUCAUGACCAUAUUGUACUGGCAGAUUUCGCGAGCGAGCAAGAGUCGGAUAAAGAAGGGCAAAAAAGAGGUAGCACCCAAUCAAGAUCCAAUAUCUCCUAGCAAUGUCCAAGGAAAAAUUGUAAAACCAAAUAAUAACAAUGUUUCUGCCAACGAACAUGGGUUGGAUCACGGCAAAAUCCAAAAUGGCAAAGCCACAAGCAAUUCUGGGAUUGAAAACUGCGUUCAGACAGAAGGAGAAGAAAAAGAGAUUUCCAAUGACUCCACAUCAGUCAGUGUCAUCAACACCAAGGAUGAAGGUGCCACCAAAGACGUCCCGCAGGCUUCAGGAUCUCAACCCAAUCCAAAGAUAAAGAAUUCUAAGCUCACGUGCAUUCGAAUAGUGACAAAGUCCCCAAAGGGCAAUUGUUCUAAUACCACCGUGGAGAUUGUCCCAGGGGCCAACGGACGCAAUGGAGAAGAUAAACAGAACAUCGUUGCCCGCAAAAUCGUAAAAAUGACCAAACAGCCUCCUAAGAAGAAGCUUCCACCUUCCAGGGAAAAGAAAGUCACAAGGACAAUCUUGGCCAUUCUGCUGGCGUUCAUUAUCACCUGGACACCGUACAACGUCAUGGUUUUAAUCAACACCUUUUGUGACGUCUGCGUGCCCAACACCGUUUGGACAAUAGGCUACUGGCUUUGUUAUAUCAACAGCACCAUCAACCCUGCUUGCUACGCUCUCUGCAACACCACCUUUAAGAAGACUUUUAAGCACCUCCUAAUGUGCCAAUAUAAAAACAUCGGCUCGGCAAGGUAAAAAAGGCGAAACGCAAGCUGCCAUUUCAAUAUAAUGCCAUAGCACUUUACACUCAUAUACGGAAUGUGCAAUCGAAGAACCUUGUUUGGACACGAACCGUUGGGUCUUCUCCACCCGCACUUAGAACUUGGGAAACCAUUGGAGAGAAGGAAGUUGACCUGGAUAUAAUGUCGGGCUCUUUCAUGGAGAAACUUUCAAAGGGCUCCUUGGCUCCCCAGUUAAUUCCAUGUCUGUAUUACUAAAAUAUUCACACUCUAAUAUGUCGUUAUGUCUACAGGAAACUAACGAUGGAUAUUGAACAAAAAAUUUCUUUUUUUUACAGCAUAUUAUCCACGUUUAUCCUAAGCGUUAAAACUGGUUCUUCUGUGCCUCAGUGUUUUCAGUGACUUGUCUAUCAAAAUUUAUCUCUCAAGAUCGGGGGCCCUUCUAUACGACGGGGCCACAUUAGAGCUUCCUGGAUAAAGAAACAAACUAUCCAAGCAAUUCAGUGUACAAAGUUCAUAAUUUAAAUUCAUGGGAAAAUUGGGGAUCACUUAUGCAGAAGCCUCUCUCUCUUUUUACAGUAAUUGCCAAUAAGAUGUGUUCACGCUACACGCUCUUGCAAACAUGUACACUCGAAGUCGGAUAUAGCAGUGAAUGUGGUGUUAGGUUGUAUCCAUACGGAUGAAACAAUAAGAUGGUUUGUUGGUUGAGCUGGAUAAUAAUGCAAGCUCCUAAAGGGAAAGUAAAGAUGCAAUAAUAUUCUUUAUGAUACAAUUUAAAGGGGAAGUUUAACUUAUAAUGUCAAGUUGAAUAUAGACAAUAAAGCUGACAUCAGAAACCCACUCUCUCCUAACCCACACCCUACCCAACCCAUUGUGUUGUCAUCACUUAUGACCAACAAGCUAUGGUCAUUUGGCUGUGGGGAUGUGUGAUUGGAAACACCCAAAAGUUGAAUUUUACUAGUCGUCCUAAGUUCUCUGUACAGAGAGAUCCCAUAAAACUAUGGCAGCAUAGGUAUUCCCCUGUACUAAGCACAAUUCAGCAGGAACAGCCACCUUCGUAUGGUCAUACCCUAUACAGCGAGAUCCCAUAAAAUAAGAAAGGCAGUUAUCCCUAUACAACUAAUAGACUUGGAGAAGGGAAUAAAGUCUGGGUGAAAGCUUGCAGUAUUAUCCAUUCCAUCUAUCCAUGUAUUACGGAUACUCUGCACUUCCUCCUGAUGAUACGUAUCCAGUAGGUACCAAUAUUACCGGAAAAGAAUAAAUCAGCCGCCUGUAAUAUUGUAUUUUACAUCGGGAACUCGAGUGUUCGUAAUUUUUGUGAAUAUAUUAAUUAAACACCUUGGUUUUCAGCAAGGGGCGGAGCUCUCUCCUUUGGCCAAUUAGCUUUCAUCAGCCUUCAUCUAAAGGAAUAACAAAUAAUGAAUAUGAAUGAUGAAAAUAUGAAUAAUGAAAUAAUGUCCCAAGCCUCAAAUGAAUAUGGUGCUACAGUAUAUAUAUAUAUAUAUUCAAUAAUGUUGUGUGCCAAAUACAGUAUUAGGGAGGAAUAAACAAAGGAAAUAUUAGUUGACUAUGUUCUUUUAAAGGGGACAAAUAUCCCUAGUCUUUGGUGCCCCUAGAUGACAAAAGACCCUCCAAUGAGAGCUCUAUCAGUUAUCUCAUUGCUAUGUAACAUACGGAGAGGAAUAUGCAAUUUUCACUUGUUAAUAUUAUAUUGUAACGAGAAGGGAGGACAUUGUCUUGUUUAGGGGUUCAGAGUUUUAAAAUAUGUGUUUGGUGAUGAUGAGAUAAAGGAUUAACAGAGUAGAGCUAUGCUGCACACUUCUACAGCUGUUGACUGACGGCCCUAUGGAAGGUGUAUGUCCCCUUUAAUUAUAAAUGCUGUCUGUUGUUGGGGGGCGUCGCUGACCCCAGCAACCAAAAAAAUAGAGACUGUCCAAAUGACUGCCUGGUUGCUAGGGUCAUUAAGCCCUAACUAUCAGACUCAUUGCAAAUUCAACUAAUUUUAUUGACCAACGUGUAAUCAAAGCAACCUUGCAAUUGGUCAAUGCUGUUAUAUAUUUUAAUGAACUGCCUUUCUGUUCAUGAGAACUGUACCUGCAGUUGUGGUUGUAAAUGGGCCCUAUGACGUAUUAAGGUUUUAAUGAGGGAUGCACCAAAUCGACUAUUUUGGGUCUGGCCGAACCCUUGAAUCCGAAUACCGAACCGAAUCCUAAUUUGCAUAUGCAUCUGCAUAUGCAAAUUAGGAGUUGGAAGGGGAAAACAAA